CCAGCAGGAUACCCGGAUGUGAACAUUUCUGGGGGUGGAUCUAGCAGUUUGACCCACCGUGAGAAUGCCAAAUCAGCGUUCCUUCCUCAUAACGAGACAGUGUGGAAGAGAGCGCUUCACGCCUGGUAUGAAAUGGGAACACCAGGUGUCUUUGAGGAGAUAGUUAACAGCAGUCAGGAAGUCCCUGAGUGUGUGGGCGUCCUGGCUAAGAAGACCUUGACCUUUGUCCGUUGGGCCAACUCUCUCCACGGCUCCGUCUUCCCUCAUCUCUCUAUGUCCAAUGAAGAAAUCAUUACCAAGUUUACAGACAUACCUAACUGGCCUAGUAGUCCAGUACGUGCUUUUGCCUGGCAUCCACACACGCUUAAAUUGGCCUGCGCCCUUGCUGAUGACUCAAUCAAAGUGCAUUCUGGGAAGAGUGAUCUAGUUCCCACCCUCAAACAUAAGCUACAGAAAAAUGUAGCUGCACUAGCUUGGCAACCCCAGUCAGCCUCUGUCCUAGCUGUUGGCUGUCAGUCCUGUGUCCUUAUCUGGCACGUGGAGCCCACCUCUCUAGCUACCAGGCCGUCCACGAGUUCCUGUCAGGUCCUACAGCAGACUAAUCACUCCCCCGUCACCUGCCUGGCCUGGGACCCCAGUGGUAGGAUUCUCCUCUCAGCCUCACCCGUGGAUACCUCCCUUAUGGCCUGGGAUGUUCCUAUGGAGACCGGUGUUCCCCUGCGGAGACUCGGGGGCGGGGGCGUGUCUCUCCUGAGGUGGUCCCCUGACGGGUCCAAAGUUUUCUCUGCCACACCCUCCAGAUUAUUCAGAGUUUGGGAAACAAAGAAAUGGACAUGUGAAGUUUGGACAAAAUGCACAAGUCGGUGUAAGGCUGCUUGCUGGAGUCCGGAUGGUAGAACCUUACUAUUUGCCACUGAGAAUGAGCCAGUCAUAUACUCCCUUACAUUUUCCACCAGUGAAGAUGAUACGUCCACUGUGAUUGGUGGAUCGCAGUCUGCUGUUGUGUCUGUCAAUCUGGCAGAGGUGGAGAUAGCGACUGUGGACGGGAAUGUGGUCAAGAUAGGAGGAUUUGUACAGAGUAUGGUGAUGGAUCGACAUGGGGAAAGAUUAGCUGUAACUCUACAUGAUGACUGGGGUCAGGUUCUGCCAUUUGUAACUGUCUUCAGGACAAAGAUAAACCCCAUGUUGGAGAUUACCCCAUGUGGAUUAAUACAAGGAGAAGCUGGAGAAUUCCCUCAACAGAUAUCAUUCCAACCUAACUAUGACAAAGGGGCGCUACUCUCCAUUGUAAGUAAAUCAUUCCAACCUAAUUAUGACAAAGGGGCGCUACUCUCCAUUAUUUGGAGUUCCUCUGUGUUGCGCUAUGUCCCUCUGUACUUUAUCCCCAGCGAUGAGAUACACAACGUUCAGUACCGUCACCCACCCCCACCCACCCUCAACGGUCACCUACUGUCACCUAUAAAUAGACCUACCUGAACCGACACUCAGAGAUUUUACUGCAGAGGGAUGAAGAGUGUAUUUAAAUUGUGUACAGUUGUCAUUAAUGGGACCCAGAAUAUGACUAUCAUUAUAUUAAAUUGUCCAUAGAUAUGUAUAAAUAAUGUGGAUGUGAAAGUACAUGUACAACGCAGAUUACUUGAGAGAGUGAAAGUUGCAUAUGUGACAGUUAUGA